AUGUCCCCUUCCGUGCUUCCCAUUGUCCCUUUCCCUGCUUCCCCCCAUCUCCUUCCCUACUACCCCCCAUCCCCUUCCCUGCUUCCCCGUGUCCCUUUCCCUGCUUCCCCCCCUUCCUUGCUUCCCCAUGUCCCUUUCCCUGCUUUCCCCCAUCCCCUUCCCUGCUUCCCCCCAUCCCCUUCCCGCCUUCCCCAUGUCCCCUUCCCUGCUUCCCCCCAUCCCCUUCCCGCCUUCCCCAUGUCCCCUUCCCCGCUUCCCCCCACGCCCUUCUUUGCUAAAACCCAUCCCCCUCCCUGCUUCCCCAUGUCCCUUUCCCUGCUUCCUCCCAUCCCCUUCCCUUCUUCCCCAUCCCCCUUCCUUGCUUCCCCAUGUCCCCUUCCCUGCUUCCCCAUGUCCCUUUCCCUGCUUCCCCCCAUCCCCUUCCCUUCUUCCCCCCAUCCCCUUCCCUUAUAUUUUCCCAUCCCCUGCCUACUUCCCCGUGUCCCUUUCCCUGCUUCCCCACGUCCCUUUCCCUGCUGCCCCCCAUCCCCUUCUCUUCUUCCCUCCCUCCCCUUCCCUGCUUCCCCCCAUCUCCUGAACCUGAUUCCCCAUGUCGCUUCCCCAUGUCCCCUUCCCUGCUUCUCCAUGUCCCCUUCCCUGCUUCUCCAUGUCCCCUUCCCUGCUUCUCCAUUCCCUUUCCCUGGUCCCCCCCGUCCCCUUCCCUGCUUCCCCAUGUCCCCUUCCCUGCUCCCCCCCACUCCUUUCUCUGCUUCCCCCCAUCCCCCUCCCUGCGUCCCCAUGUCCCUUUUCCUGAUUCCCCCCAUCCCCUUCCCUAUUACCCCCCAUGUCCCCUUCCCUGCUUCCCCGUGUCCCUUUCCCUGCUUUCCCCCAUCCCCUUCCCUGCUUCCCCCCAUCCCCUUCCCUGCUUCCCCCCAUCCCCUUCCCGCCUUCCCCAUGUCCCCUUCCCUGCUUCCCCCUACGCCCUUCUCUGCUAAAACCCAUCCCCCUCCCUGCUUCCCCAUGUCCCUUUCCCUGCUUCCCCCCAUCCCCUUCCCUGCUUCCCCGUGUCCCCUUCCUUGCUUCCCCCCACUCCCUUCUCUGCUUUCCCCCAUCCCAUUCCCUGCUUCCCCAUGUCCCUUUCCCUACUUCCCCCCAUCCCCUUCCCUCCUUCCCCCCAUCCCCUUCCCUUGCGUUGCGCCUCUGUACUCUCUUCAUCGCCUGCGUGCACCUCGUCUCCACCCCGUUAUCGUUUCCUGCGCCCAACCCACCGAGGCAAAAAGCCGCCCCUGGACCCGGUACGCCUUGUGCUACCCGUGCCUGUGCUGCCCGUGCCUGUGCUGCCCGUGCCUGUGCUGCCCGUGCCUGUGCUGCCUGUGCCUGUUGCUGCCCGUGCCUGUUGCUGCCCGUGCCUGUGCUGCCCGUGCCUGUGCUGCCCGUGCCUGUGCUGCCCGUGCCUGUGCUGCCCGUGCCUGUGCUGCCCGUGCCUGUGCUGCCCGUGCCUGUUGCUGCCCGUGCCUGUGCUGCCCGUGCCUGUGCUGCCCGUGCCUGUGCUGCCCGUGCCUGUGCUGCCUGUGCCUGUUGCUGCCCGUGCCUGUGCUGCCCGUGCCUGUGCUGCCCGUGCCUGUGCUGCCCGUGCCUGUGCUGCCCGUGCCUGUUGCUGCCCGUGCCUGUGCUGCCCGUGCCUGUGCUGCCUGUGCCUGUUGCUGCCCGUGCCUGUGCUGCCCGUGCCUGUGCUGCCCGUGCCUGUGCUGCCCGUGCCUGUUGCUGCCCGUGCCUGUGCUGCCCGUGCCUGUUGCUGCCCGUGCCUGUGCUGCCCGUGCCUGUGCUGCCUGUGCCUGUUGCUGCCCGUGCCUGUGCUGCCCGUGCCUGUGCUGCCCGUGCCUGUGCUGCCCGUGCCUGUUGCUGCCCGUGCCUGUGCUGCCCGUGCCUGUGCUGCCCGUGCCUGUGCUGCCCGUGCCUGUUGCUGCCCGUGCCUGUGCUGCCCGUGCCUGUGCUGCCCGUGCCUGUGCUGCCCGUGCCUGUGCUGCCUGUGCCUGUUGCUGCCCGUGCCUGUUGCUGCCCGUGCCUGUGCUGCCCGUGCCUGUGCUGCCCGUGCCUGUGCUGCCCGUGCCUGUGCUGCCCGUGCCUGUGCUGCCCGUGCCUGUGCUGCCCGUGCCUGUUGCUGCCCGUGCCUGUGCUGCCCGUGCCUGUGCUGCCCGUGCCUGUGCUGCCGUGCCUGUGCUGCCUGUGCCUGUUGCUGCCCGUGCCUGUGCUGCCCGUGCCUGUGCUGCCCGUGCCUGUGCUGCCCGUGCCUGUGCUGCCCGUGCCUGUUGCUGCCCGUGCCUGUGCUGCCCGUGCCUGUGCUGCCUGUGCCUGUUGCUGCCCGUGCCUGUGCUGCCCGUGCCUGUGCUGCCCGUGCCUGUGCUGCCCGUGCCUGUUGCUGCCCGUGCCUGUGCUGCCCGUGCCUGUUGCUGCCCGUGCCUGUGCUGCCCGUGCCUGUGCUGCCUGUGCCUGUUGCUGCCCGUGCCUGUGCUGCCCGUGCCUGUGCUGCCCGUGCCUGUGCUGCCCGUGCCUGUUGCUGCCCGUGCCUGUGCUGCCCGUGCCUGUGCUGCCCGUGCCUGUGCUGCCCGUGCCUGUUGCUGCCCGUGCCUGUGCUGCCCGUGCCUGUGCUGCCCGUGCCUGUGCUGCCCGUGCCUGUGCUGCCUGUGCCUGUUGCUGCCCGUGCCUGUUGCUGCCCGUGCCUGUGCUGCCCGUGCCUGUGCUGCCCGUGCCUGUGCUGCCCGUGCCUGUGCUGCCCGUGCCUGUGCUGCCCGUGCCUGUGCUGCCCGUGCCUGUUGCUGCCCGUGCCUGUGCUGCCCGUGCCUGUGCUGCCCGUGCCUGUGCUGCCCGUGCCUGUGCUGCCUGUGCCUGUUGCUGCCCGUGCCUGUGCUGCCCGUGCCUGUGCUGCCCGUGCCUGUGCUGCCCGUGCCUGUGCUGCCCGUGCCUGUUGCUGCCCGUGCCUGUGCUGCCCGUGCCUGUGCUGCCUGUGCCUGUUGCUGCCCGUGCCUGUGCUGCCCGUGCCUGUGCUGCCCGUGCCUGUGCUGCCCGUGCCUGUUGCCCGUGCCUGUGCUGCCCGUGCCUGUUGCUGCCCGUGCCUGUGCUGCCCGUGCCUGUGCUGCCUGUUGCUGCCCGUGCCUGUGCUGCCCGUGCCUGUGCUGCCCGUGCCUGUGCUGCCCGUGCCUGUUGCUGCCCGUGCCUGUGCUGCCCGUGCCUGUGCUGCCCGUGCCUGUGCUGCCCGUGCCUGUUGCUGCCCGUGCCUGUGCUGCCCGUGCCUGUGCUGCCCGUGCCUGUGCUGCCCGUGCCUGUGCUGCCUGUGCCUGUUGCUGCCCGUGCCUGUUGCUGCCCGUGCCUGUGCUGCCCGUGCCUGUGCUGCCCGUGCCUGUGCUGCCCGUGCCUGUGCUGCCCGUGCCUGUGCUGCCCGUGCCUGUGCUGCCCGUGCCUGUUGCUGCCCGUGCCUGUGCUGCCCGUGCCUGUGCUGCCCGUGCCUGUGCUGCCCGUGCCUGUGCUGCCUGUGCCUGUUGCUGCCCGUGCCUGUGCUGCCCGUGCCUGUGCUGCCCGUGCCUGUGCUGCCCGUGCCUGUGCUGCCCGUGCCUGUUGCUGCCCGUGCCUGUGCUGCCCGUGCCUGUGCUGCCUGUGCCUGUUGCUGCCCGUGCCUGUGCUGCCCGUGCCUGUGCUGCCCGUGCCUGUGCUGCCCGUGCCUGUUGCUGCCCGUGCCUGUGCUGCCCGUGCCUGUGCUGCCCGUGCCUGUGCUGCCCGUGCCUGUUGCUGCCCGUGCCUGUGCUGCCCGUGCCUGUGCUGCCCGUGCCUGUGCUGCCCGUGCCUGUGCUGCCUGUGCCUGUUGCUGCCCGUGCCUGUGCUGCCCGUGCCUGUGCUGCCCGUGCCUGUGCUGCCCGUGCCUGUUGCUGCCCGUGCCUGUUGCUGCCCGUGCCUAUGCUGCCCGUGCCUGUGCUGCCCGUGCCUGUGCUGCCCGUGCCUGUUGCUGCCCGUGUCUCGGAAGGAGAUUGGGGAAGCAAGGUAGGGGACAUGGGGAAGCAGGGAAGGGGACAUGGGGAAGCAGGGAAGGGGACACGGGGAAGCAGGGAAGAGGACACGGGGAAGCAGGGAAGGGGACAUGGGGAAGCAGGAAAGGGGGCAUGGGGAGGCGGGGAAGGGGACACGGGGAAGCAGGGAAGGGGACAUGGGGAAGCAGGGAAGGGGACAUGGGGAAGCAGGGAAGGGGACAUGGGGAAGCAAGGAAGGGGACAUGAGGAAGCAAGGAAGGGGACAUGGGGAAGCAGGGAAGGGGAUUGGGGGAAGCAGGGGGGGGGACACGGGGAAGCAGGGAAGGGGACACUGGGAAGCAAGGAAGGGGACAUGGGGAAGCAGGGACGGGGACAUGGGGAAGCAGGGAAGGGGACAUGGGGUAGCAGGGAAGGGGACAUGGGGAAGCAGGGAAGGGGACAUGGGGAAGCAGGGAAGGGGACAUGGGGAAGCAAGGGAGGGGACAUGGGGAAGCAGAGAAGGGGACAUGGGGAAGCAAGGAAGGGGACAUGGGGAAGCAAGGAAGGGGACAUGGGGAAACAAGGAAGGGGACAUGGGGAAGUAAGGAAGGGGACAUGGGGAAGCAAGGAGGGGGAGACAUGGGGAAGCAAGGAAGGGGACAUGUGGAAGCAAGGAGGAGGACAUGGGGAAGCAGGGAAGGGGACAUGGGGAAGCAAGGAAGGGGACAUGGGGAAGCAAGGAAGGGGACAUGGGGAAGCAAGGAAGGGGACACGGGGAAGAAGGGAAGGGGACAUGGGGAAGCAAGGAGGAGGACAAGGGGAAGCUCUUGAACAAGAAUGA